AUGAAAACCAGAGCCAGACUGGCUGACCAGACUGAUUCUCGCAUCCCCUAUCUGUGUUUUGAGGGAAAAUCUCAGGUUUUGGGGAGCUUCAUUUCCUUCCUAACCUCUCCUUUGAUGUGGAGAUGGACAGGGAUGGCAGGAGCAUUGAAUGCUCUCGGCAACACCAUUGAAGAUGAUGCUGACGAUCGGCUACCCUGUGGAGAAGGCAGGCCAGGCUGGAUAUGAGUGGAGCUCCUUGGAAGUCAGAAGAUCUGUAGGGGCAGCAAAGAUCUCUUUGUCCCAACCUCCAGCCGCCUGUCUGGGUGCUUCUGUGUUGAACUUGUUUCUGGGAUGGCCAUCUCAGUACUGUUGCUGGCUAGCAAUUUCAGAAAACUGGAUUUGUCGAGGCCUGAGCCCUUUGAGAAAGAAUCUUCCCUCUGGUUUGUAGCCCAACAUUAA